AUGCGCACACGAUCAAGGCCACCUCCGCCCAAGCUCAGUCUGAAGAUUAUGAUGCGUCCAAGUUCCCCAAUAGUGACACAAUUCUCAGGCAAGCUCACCAGUCAAGUGCGGAGAGUCUUGCCUGCAUAUAUUGCUUUGAUCUUCCUCUUCUUAUUCUUUGCCAACACCGAAUUCUUCACAACCCCGAUCCGAGCAGCGAGCAGAUACAAGCGCGAGCUCAAAUAUCAGCAGCCACUGCAGCCAGUUGGCUCAUUGAUUCCAAAAAAGAUAUGGCAGACAUGGAAAGUUGGUCCUCUGGGCUUUGAGCAGCGCGACUCAGACUCGGCGAAGACCUGGGCUCAGAAAAACCCCACAUACCGGUACGAGGUAUUGACAGAUGACAACGCAAACGACUAUCUCGAGUGGCACUAUGGGCCACAUGGCCUUGACCGAAAGGAUCUCGUUGACCUAUAUCGGGAACUAAACAUCACCAUAAUCAAAGCCGACCUGCUUCGAUAUCUCGUGAUGUACGCCGAAGGUGGUGUGUAUGCCGACAUUGAUGUGGAGUGCCUGCGGCCCAUCAACAGGUUCAUUCCCGAGCGCUACAACGAGCCAGAUAUUGACAUGAUCAUCGGAGUGGAAAUUGAUGAGCCCGCAUUUGCCAACCACGAGAUUCUCGGAUCCAAAUGCAAGUCGUUUUGCCAGUGGACUUUUGCCGCCAAACCCCGGCUUCCGGUUAUGAUGCGGCUUAUCGAGAAUAUCCAAGAUUGGUUACACGAGCUGGCCAAAGCGAAAGAAGUACCUAUAUCGCAGCUCCACUUGGAUUUCGACGAAGUGAUUAGUGGCACUGGGCCGUCUGCGUUUACCAAAGCGGUCUUGGAACAAAUGACGGCACAGAACCAUGGAAACCCAGUCACUUGGGAUCUCUUCCACAAUCUAGCAGAAUCGAGACUUGUCAACGGAAUCCUCGUGCUCAAUGUCGAAGCCUUUGCAGCUGGUCAAGGGCACUCCGACUCUGGCAACCACGGCUCUCGAGGUGCGCUAGUAAAGCACCAUUAUCAUGCUUCGGGCUGGCCAACUCUUCAUCCUCGACGAAACCACCCCAUGUAUGGCGAGGUAGAAAAGUGCAACUGGAAGCCAGAGUGUGUAGCAGAAUGGGACAAGAAUGUAGCUGAAUGGGACACGCUAUCCAAGGAAGAACAAGACAAGCGGCUCGCCAGCAAACCAGCCCCUCACGGUGCACCAAAACUAGGAGUCUAA